AUGAAACAGGAAGAGUGGAGCACCCCUCACCAGAUAUCAUCAUCAACGAUAACCCUCGACCUGGGAAUAGAUCAUCGUGGGAUACUCGAGAGCUCGCCGCGAGCCGUCUAUCUACCCUUUGGAACAGAAGAUCCUCGUGCGAUCAGCAGCAGCUUUGAGAAAGAGGUGAUCUGUGCGGUGAACGAUGAUGUCGUGUGCGCAAACUUGGAAUUUCGAGUUUGCGGCUUUGCUUUACUUGCUUUGCUUUACUUGCUGUGCUUCGCGGCUAUGUGUGUACGACCUAGUAGUAGGUAUCGUAUUGACAGACGCCGGGAUCGUCAAUGGUUGUUAUUGUCACGCUGUAAGCAUCUUACUUGGUAUUUCUUGGGAAUGAAAUGGUUGGUGCCGUGA